AUGACCUCCGAGGCAUCUACGACCACUGAGAUGAAUUUCAGUAUCCUGAGCUCUGCAGCUCCAGUGCUGGCACCACGAGUGGGAACAUUGGCUAUCCCCGGUCGCCAGGCCAUCGCGACGCCGCAUUUCGUCCCACUGACCACGCGGGGUGCCGUGUCGCAUAUUGCGCACGACAUGGUUCGAAAGGGAACCGCUAUCAACAGCCUAUUCAUUGGGCUAGAGGACUUCAUCGAGAAGAAGCACCCUGCCCCGCUGUAUAAAACUCCUGUCGCCCCUGGAGAAUCCCCUUUGAGGCGUUUUAUUUGCGCUCCCGAUGACAUGACAAUAAUCCUUGCGCCGCGACGAUUCCCUUCGAUUCCAUGCCCGCCCACAAAUACCGAAAGUUCGGUUGCGGUAUUGACUUCUGUCGGAUUCCGCCAGCUUUCAGCCCAACAGUACGUGGAGGCGAUCCAAAAGCUUCAGCCCGAUAUUGCUAUCGGCUUGGCAGAUAUAGUCACUGCCAAGCCACCAGGUGCUAGGCGGCGCGGAAAGAUGGUUGACCGAACUCAUGCGUUUACUCGCGAUGCAUUGGCGCAGCUAUACGGAUCUUCUGUGACGGAAGAUAAGAUGUCAAAAGCCGCAUACUUUGCGCCGGUAUUGCCGCUGGAGAAUGCGCAGCAGUCGCUUUACCUGGAGGACUUGGAAACUGAGUUCCGUGAUCAUCUUUCUGGGUUGGCGCUGUACGAGUCCACCUCUCUGGGCUUCAUCCCAGAAACCAUGGGCCACCUUCCUCGCCUAUUGCUCAGCGAGCCUGUGACUCCCCAUGAGAUUUUGCGAGAGAUAUCACUUGGUGCAGAUCUCCUGACUGUACCCCUGAUUGGCGCAUGCUCAGAUGCUGGCAUCGCGUUGGACUUUGUCUUCCCUGCUCAGGCUAGCACGGAAGAAAGUGGCGACCCUCAGCCCCUGGGUAUAGACCUGUGGCCCUCCAAGCACGCAAAAGACACUUCGCCCUUCAAAGUCGGCUGUGAAUGCUAUGCCUGCCGACACCACCACCGCGCCUACUUGAAUCAUCUCCUCGCCGCGAAGGAAAUGACUGCCUGGGUUCUCUUGCAACUGCACAACCACCACAUAAUGGAUCAAUUCUUCGCCGGCGUACGGGAUAGUAUUGAGCGAGGCACUUUUGAAGAGGAUGUCUACGCUUUCAAUUGUGCAUACGACUCAGAACUACCAAGCCGGUCCGGCGAGGGUCCUCGACUGCGUGGUCACUACAUUGCUCCCAGACAGGGAACCAACCAUCCGAAGCGUAUGCAAAAGGUGUAUGGCCGCCUCGACGAUUUGUCGGAGAAAUUCAACGAGUCCCAGUCAUCAGUUGCGACACCUGACACAGACGCGGAAGGUCUUGAACGGCACGGAUUUGCCAAAAAGCUAUGA